AUGGCGAUCAGACGUGUUAUGGCGAACUUAUACAAGAUGGCGACCAGACGUGUUAUGGCGAACUCCGAUAUUAUUCCACCAUUACUUGAUAAAUCUUGUAAAGAAAUUGUUAAUUCAUCAACUAUUGGUAUUGAUUUUCUUGGUAAUGCUUUAAGCAACGACCUUAUUUACGAGGGCACACGUUUGAAAUGGUGCAAUGAUUUAGACUCUCUUAAGGCGUUUGUUGCCGAAGUGCUUGACCUAAACGGGAAAUGGUGUUCUCCUGGAGGUGGGUCUAAGAGGUUCACAAGCUCUAAUGCUGAACUAACUUUAACGUGGUAUUCAGGUAAGCAAAACACUUUAUUAUUUCAAGGCAAAGAUGACAACCUAAUUCGGGAUGGAUGUGUCAAAUUUUGUCAGACAUGCACGGGAUGGUGUUAUGAAGUCGAGUUGUAAACAAGUGCAAAGAGUUACAGCGGGAUCUCAUUGCUCAAAAUAUUUUGGAAUCAGAGCCUACACCUAUAUCGAGACCGGCCAACCAAGUUGAUGCUGCAUCACAGGUUUGUCUAGACAUUAUAGGUGAUAAUUCCAACUAUUUGUCGAACUGUCGCUGUUCGUGUGGCGUUCUAGCUGCUGAUGUUGAGGGAGUUAAAUUAGAUAUUACUAUUCUAUCUAACAGAAUCGAUUCGAUUGCAAAUGCUAAUACCGAAUAUUCUCAUAAAGAUAAAGGAGUUGAUCGUCUUCGUAGUGAACUUUCGAUUGAGAAGGCGAGAUCUGAAAAGCUUGAAUCUGAGUUGAGUUUAUUUGUGAAAGAACGAUCCCUUGAAAUUGAAAAGUUGAAUCUGACCAUUGUUUCCCUAGAGAAUAAAAAUGCAUCUACAUUUGCUGCUCCGAUGAACAAUAACAAUAAUAAGAUUAAUAAAAACACUCUUAUGAACAAAAACAACAGAAAUGGCCACCGAAACAAUGGUCAUCAUAACAACAAUGAGUUAAAUCAAUGCAAAUCUCAAAACGUCAGUUUACAACCUUUCAUCCCUGCUCCUGUAAAUAAUAGGGACAUUGAAAGUGUGCCGUCUCACGAUACUAAUAGGGACUUACAAAACAAGGCACUACAAAUCAAUCAAAUUGCAAAUAUGCCUGAAAAGCAACCUAUAUCGGAUUGGAUUGGUUCUCUACCGUUAAUAGAUAUACCCAUCCAAGCGAAAAAUAACCAAUAUAUUAAUGGAAAUACCUCGAACAAGCCUCCUUUUCCCAAGCGCCAUCGAAUGAAACCACCACCCUAUCGAACGGGCCAUCGCCACCAAUCCCUCGAAUGGCUGGGCCAUUUGGACUUUGUACACCAACUGUGCAAGAGGUAG